AAUGGUGGAAUUCCAAAAAUAUUUAAUUGAAGAAGAUGUCAGUAAAAAUUUGGAGAAUAUAAAAAAUUCAUUCAAUGAAAUCGAAAAGUUAUUUUUAGUUUACCAAGGCAAAUAUAAACAAAUAGACGAAGAGAAUAAAAACAUUUGGAAAGAGAUGGAGUCUGUCAGAUUAGAGGCAAACGAAUAUUUAAGAACAGUCAAAAGUUUGAAAAGAACUCCAAUGAAAAGAUCAAAAUCUGUAAAAGCUGCAUCAUUUUCAAUUCAAGCUCCUUCUAAUAGGCUUAAGAAAUCUUUAGUAUCACCCCCAAGACGAAGAAGUUGUAGUCCAACUGUAAUGAAUACAGCUAGAACCCUAUCGUCAAAAAUAAAAGGCAUCCCAAUAUCAAUUUUAGAAUCUGUAACUGACGUUGAUGGAGCGAUAAACUCGGUCAAAAGGUCAAACACUAAAACAAAGACAAUAUCCGGUAAUCGAAAAAAUAAAGUGAACUUGUUUAAAACGACAAUGAAAUCAAAAUCAGAAGUCUCAGGAAGUCAUACAGAAGGAGAUGACGAAAGUGUUGAUGUAACUUUUACAUUUAGCACAGAUACAAAAGAAUUGAAAUAUCCAGAAAAUAAUGGUCAAGUCAUUGAAAAAUCGAUUAAAUCUAAUUCAAUGAAAAAUGAUAUAAAUAGCUAUAAAUAUGGAUUUUGUCCGCAUUCCAUUACCCCAAAUCUGAAAAGAAAUUGGUUAAAUCGUUCAAAGAUUCCAGUUAAAGUGAAAUAA